ACGUCCAUCCACUCAAUCUCAUCCCUCAAAAUCCCCCACCAAAUCUGAACCUCCAAUUUUAUUUUGGCCAUGUCGUCGUCUUCGCCUUCCCUCCUCUCAUCGCGGCUACUCUCCCCAGCCAUCCUCUUCACAAAGAAGCCGGCUUCCCUGCGCUCCAUUUCCUCUGCGACAGCGAGACACGGGGUUCGGGUGGUGGUAGCCGCGGCGUCAGCGGCCGCAGCGUCACCAGUGUCCGCGGCGCGGGUGCGACCGUCGGCGGCGGAGGUAGCGCGGACUGUCGUGGAGCUUGCCGCGUCCGGGACUCUCUCCAUGGUGGGCCCAGACGGCUGGCCUCUCGGCGUCGGCGCGCACUUCGUCGCGGAUUCUGCCGGUGCACCCGCGCUCUGCCUGUCUGCCGCUCGGGUCGCCGCGCCCGAUGCGCCGGCCAGCUUCCACGUCGAGUUUCGACAGAGUGGGGCUAGGACACCACAGUGCACUAUGCUUGGUGCCUUAACUAAGCCUAGUGAUGAAUCUGUGUUGAAGAAGCUUUCUACUAGGUGGCAAAAGAAAUUUGGGGAAGAGAUUGAUCAAGAUCUUUUGUAUUUAAUAUCUGUUGACCGGAUCUUGCACAUGGAAGAUUUCAAUGAGGCAGGACAUGAUGGCAUGUGGGUAGUUCCAUCAGACUACACCAGUGCAGAACCUGAUCCUCUACGCAAUUUUGCUGAAAACAUCGUGGAGGAAUUUAACAACAAAAAUGCUGAAGACGUCCGUAGGAUAUACAACAUAUAUGUCGAAUCAGAUUUACAGGUGGCAGACGUGAAGAUGAUAUGGGUUGACAGGCUAGGUUUCGAUCUCCACGCUCAUUCUGCGGAAGGCGUUUUGGCUGUUCGGGUCCCUUUUCCUAGGGAGGUCUCCGACGAGAAGGGGGUGAAAUCGUCGUUCAACAUGAUGUCUCAUCAUGCGUGGGAGGUGGAGAAGAGCUACGCGAGCCCAGAGUUUGAGAAGGUGCAGUUCUUGAAGAAGGUCAGAUAGCAUUGCGAAUUCUGUUUCCGUGGUGGACGAUCUUUCGUUAUUGAGAGGAGUGAUAGUUUGAAGUUUUGUUUCCUUUAUCAUGAACUGUUUGUCUUGUAUAUUGGUCAUAUUUUUUUGUGCCUAAUACAUUGGAUGCAAUUGGCAUCUUGAAUUAUCUGCUAGUAAUUUAUUUGAGAAGGGCAAUGAGUUUUGACCGUAAGAA